AUGACAAAGUGUCGUUGGGUUUGUCUUAUCGUUUAUUGUGUUUUAUUUUUCAAUUUGAGGAUUACAAAUUCAUCAAGAAGUCAUGAUCGAGUAACAAAAUUAAAAUUUAGUAAAAACAAUUUGACGGAUAUUCCAAGCAAAUCCGAUUUAAUACAUUAUUUGGAGAUAAUUGAAAAAGUGAUCAAAUUUUAUAUUAAAAAUGUGAAUGAAGUUGAUAUGAAUGUAUAUUUCGGAUUAUUUCUUAAUUGGAAACGAUACCUAGCAAAAGUGUACAAUGUAGAUGAAGGUGUUCCGAGUCCUACCGAUUCAGAUCGCUGCUUGGCUUCACUAGCAGAAAACAGAUCUAAUUUUGGACAUUUCAAUAAAAUUUGUCAUGUUGAUAAGUUUUGCUAUAAAAUGAUUAAAAAUGGAACUGAUUUGGGGUAUGCACUUACUCACAGGUUGCUCUUUUUGCUAUCAGCACGACAUGGACGAAGUUGUAGUAUAUUUUCAAAACAAGAAGAUCGCAACCUAUCGGAAAAAUUUUGCUUUAUGAGUUACAUAGAAGCACAAACGAUUGUAAUGCAUGAUUUUCGUCUCAUCGACUUGUUAUUGGAAUCGAUCUGUCUAUGUGCUCUUAAUGGACAUGUGCAGUUUCUUCGCCAAUCGUGGUUGGACCAAAUCGCUAACUACCAAACAGCUGCCGGCUGCUUCGGUCAGACCAUAAACAAUAAAAACAUUUUUCAGACACAAAAACCCCGCGAAUGGAAGCUUAACAGAGGUGCAGAUCAGGAUAUAUUCUCUGGUCUUUGCAAUGGUCAUGUUACUGCUUUGGCGGUUGCCACAUAUUCUAUAGCAGUAAGAUUGAUUUUAGAAACUGCAAUGUACUAAAUGAUGUUUUGAUCAAUAAGUCAAUAUAAAGCACUUUUCGUUUUUAA